AGGACGAUCCGUGGGGGUCAUGUGCCAUGUACUCCCCGGAGAAGAUGAAGUCCGGUGGGGGCCUCAUGGCACCCCCGGGCUGUUUCCCCGGUCGGUACAGUCCCACCUACCGAACCACCGAUCCACGGCGCUGUGUGCCUAAUCCAUCGAGUCGAAUCCUAGAAGAUGCAUCAUUGAUGUGCAACUCCUGGUCACCAAGACAUAACGGUGAUAUAUUCAGCGGGUUGAAUGAUGGCCUUCUAAGCAGGGCAGAAGCCCUGGCAGCAGUGGACAUCAGUAAGCAUCAGUCAGGCCCCCAGCCUGGUCCACCGUUGCCUCAGCUCAAGCAUGACAUGGUCUACCAUCAUGGUGUUGGAGGACCUCCGCCACACAAUACAAGGCCACAUCAGCCAUUCUUUUCACAGAUGGGUCAUCAUGGAAUGGACGGUUUGGAUAUGCUUGAGCCAGGUACCGCAACAUCGAUGACAACAUUAGCUCCGAUGGGUGAAGGAGCUCCACCACAUCAUCAGCUACAUGGAUAUGGUGCAAUGAACCAUGUUAUGAACCAUCAUCAUCAUGGCGGUGGCUUAGGUCAUGCCCCACCAGCCCACUUAGUUCAUCCAGCAGCUGCUUUACAUCCAGAUACCGAUACUGAUCCACGGGAACUUGAAGCGUUUGCGGAGAGGUUUAAACAGAGAAGAAUAAAACUUGGCGUAACGCAGGCUGAUGUUGGAAAAGCACUAGCAAAUUUAAAGCUGCCUGGAGUUGGAGCCCUCUCUCAAAGUACUAUAUGCCGAUUUGAAAGUUUAACAUUAAGCCACAAUAACAUGAUUGCACUUAAACCUAUAUUACAAGCUUGGCUUGAGGAAGCCGAGGCCCAAGCCAAAAAUAAACGACGUGAUCCAGACGCUCCUAGCGUGUUACCUGCAGGCGAGAAAAAGCGUAAGAGGACAUCAAUCGCGGCUCCAGAGAAAAGAAGCCUUGAAGCGUAUUUUGCAGUACAACCAAGGCCUUCAGGCGAAAAAAUUGCAGCUAUUGCAGAAAAACUAGAUUUGAAAAAGAACGUAGUUCGGGUUUGGUUUUGUAAUCAAAGACAAAAGCAGAAACGUAUGAAAUUUGCUGCGCAACACUGACCGUCGGGUGGCGGCGCCGCUCUUCUAUAUCCAGGUGCUGGGUAUGGAUAUUGAGCAGUUAGCCGCAUUGUGGAGAGUCUGGCCAGGGAAGGAAUGGCCAUUGAUCUUUGACCUGCGUGUGAAGUAUCCUGUCAAGAGCAAUUAUAUAUGAUCUCAUGUCCACCUGUUGUGUUUACCCAUUUUAUGUUAUUUUAUUAUUCUUGUAGAUAAUGUAUAAUAUUUUUAAAUAGAUUUUCGACGUAAUUCUUUUAUAUUUUUAA